GCGCCGUCCGAACGUGAGGCGGCCGGGAGAGCUUCUCCUCAGGCACCGGUUCGCGCCCGCCAAGCCCAGGCGGGCCUCGGAGGGCGGCAUGGCUUGCCGGCAACGGCCCGGCGUCGGCGUGGGGGUGGUGGUGACCAGCCGGGCCCACCCUGGCUCCGUCCUGCUGGGCCGGAGGAGAGGCGCCGUCGGCGGCGGCACUUUCCAGCUCCCCGGGGGACACCUGGAGUUCGGUGAAACCUUGGCAGAAUGCGCAGAGAGAGAAACCUUGGAAGAAACUGCUCUACACCUAACCAACAUCCGCUUUGCUUCAACUGUAAAUGCUAUUAGCGUGAAGGAUAACUACCACUAUGUCACUAUCCUAAUGAAAGGAGAGGUGGAUUUCAAUUACGAAUCGGAACCAAGGAACUUGGAGCCUGAUAAAAAUGAAAGUUGGAAAUGGGUGAAAUGGGAAGAGUUCCCCUCAGCUGAUCAACUGUUUUGGGCUUUACGCAGCUUAAAGGAACAAGGUUACAAUCCUUUCAAAGAAGACUUAAAUCACCUGGUGGGUUACACUGGAAGUCACCUUUAUAUAACAAAAGAGAACCAACUGUUGAAUAACUGUAGUCUAUAGGAAGUGUGUGGUAACAGAGAAUUAUUUUUAUAUAAUAAAGAG